AUGAUCGUGUCAGCCAUGACCCGAAUGAACAAUGAUAUCUACCCGUUACUCACUAAUAUCAACAAGAUAGAUAGUUUUUCGCAAAUAAGUUCAGCACAGGGUGAAUCUACUCGCUAUCCAAUUCACUCCGACUCUGUGGACUUCGAACUGGGAAAAAGACCCCUCCAUGGAUACCAGUUAAGCAUGAAUGACCUUCGCGAUGCAACGUCUGCCUCCAAGAAGACGGCGGGCUGUCUAUUCACAAAUUUCGAGGAUGUCCGUCUGACAGAUGAGGAACGGGUAUAUCUCAACGCGGCGACCAUUGGCGAUAUUGGAGUGAUUCGCAUGUCCCUGGAAGAUGCCGACUCCAACAGCAAUUUCAACGUCAACUGCGUCGACUACAUGGGUAGAAAUGCCCUCCACUUGGCUGUGGACUCGGAGAACGUGGAAGCCAUUGAAAUGCUGCUGGACAAGCUCUCCUUUGAGUGCAUUGAGGAGGCCCUGCUACAUGCCAUCUCGAAAGGUCACGUCAAGAUUGUCCGGCACAUCAUCGAGCAUCCCAAUUAUAUGGCCUGCGAGGAACGCCUAAAGCGUAUCGACUCCCAGAAUGCCUUCUUUCGCACCACGGAGAAGAGCCAGUUCUCGCCGGACAUAACGCCGCUCAUUCUGUCCGCGCACUACAACAAUCACGAGAUGGUACAGAUGUUUCUCUCCCGCAACCACACCAUUGAGAAACCGCAUCCCAUUUCCUGUCAGUGUGCUGACUGUCAGGCGAAACAGGACUACGACUCGCUGAAGCGAUCCAGAUCACGUCUGAACGCGUACCGCGCACUGGCCAGCCCCGCCUACAUGGCGCUCAGUUCUCCGGAUCCCAUCAUGGCCACUUUUGAGCUGCGACAAGAGAUGAUGCUGUUGGCGGAGAUUGAAAAAGAAUUCAAGGUGGGCCUUGUUACAACACUAAACUAA